AAUAUCACAUUACAAUGAAAGAUUAUGGUUGAAUAGUAUCAACCCUUGCAUGUUUAAAAAACUAUUUGAGAGACCAGGACGCCCUCUCGCGGGAAUUUCUUCAUGAAAGUACAUCGUGAAUGUGGCGUGUGUUGUUUGGAAUACUGUGAGUCGUAAAUAAAAAUGCUUAUAUUGCAUUACUAAAUCUUGUUGUAAGUGAACUUCGUGUGUGUUAUAACAUUAUACAAACAGAAAACGAUAUGUGAAUAACAAUAACUGGCCCUAAAAAGUGAUUUAGUUCUGGUAUUUGGUCAUAUGUUGCAGUUGCACGCCUGCUUUAGGAUCUCACUCAAUGAAGACAAAAAAAAAUAAUCAGUAAUUCCGAUGCUAAAUUGAUAAUGCAAAAUAGACACAACCAGUCUUCCGGCACGUUAUUGCGCUUUCUCGUGACAAUGCGGUGCCUUAUCUGCAAAUAUAUUUUCUAAUGUGUUAAUAACAUCCAUUCUUAAUCAUGGUUGUAAGAGUUGAAACUGAAUAAUAUCAGGAUGAGUCACAAUCUGGCUGGAAUGCCAUCCUACAGGCUGCCAGGCCCAGGAUUAGGGCCUCCAGACUUCAAGCCUCCGAUGGACACGCCGACUCCGCCGGCACCAGCGCCAAGUAACCCAAAAAAGCGGAGGAAAACAUCAAAUGCUAACAAUGCCUUAACACCACCACAGCCACCUCCCACAGCACAAGAUCUUCUACCUCCCCCUCUAACAGGAUAUGGAGACACAAUUGUUGCAUCAAACCCUUUCGAUGACUCUCCCUCCACUGUAUCACAUAAUGGCCCUAUGAUGAGUCAGAAUGGAUCAAUGAUGAGUCAAAAUGGUCCGAUGGGAAUGAUGGGACCAAUGCACAGUAUGGGUGGCCCACCAAUGAGGCUCAUGAGCCCGCAUGGGAUGAGUCCAAUGAACCCACAAAUGCCUCCAAGAGGUGGUAUCAGUCCGAUGGGUAAUAUGAGUCCUAUGGGGCAUAUGGGUGGUAUGUCACCAAUGGGAGGUCCAAAUAUGAGUAUGAGUAAUCACAACAUGGGACCAGGAAUGGGCCCUUCAUCAAGAUCAAUGGGUAGUCCAAUGAGCCCCAUGAAUUCAAUGCCAAUGGGCUCACCUAUGUCAUCAGGUCCCAUGGGAAGUCCCAUGAAUAUGGGUUCAAUGGCAGGAAGCCACAUGAGCAAUAGUCCCAUGGGACCACCUAUGCAUAGUCCACUGGGAGCAGGAUCAAUGAAUGGACCUAUGAAUGGUCCCAUGGGUGGUGGAGGUCCUGGAAUGAAUGUACCUCGUAUGAAUGGACCUAUGGGACCAAGUUGUUCUAAUGGAUCUAUGGGACCUAGUAACUCUAUCAUGUCUUCAAACCCAAUGCAAGGUGGUGGUAUGGGGCCUGGCCAUUGUGGCCCCAUGAGACAUGGUAGCCCUAUGCCAUCAGGAAUGGGAAGUGGUCCCAUGGGCGGAAACGGACCCAUGUCCUCCAUGGGCCCUGGCCCACCAUACUCCAAUACCCAUAUGGGGCAUGGUGGACCAAUGGGCAUGGCAGGAAAUGGAUCUAUGGGGAUGGGUCCAGGUCCUGGCAACAUGGGUAGUUGUGGUCCUUUAGCAGGGAUGAGCGGUAUGGCAAUGGGUGGUCCAGGAGGGCAAGGAGUAGGUCCAAUGGGACAAAAUAUGGGAAUGUUUGGACCAAAGCCAAUGCCAGUAAGUGCUGGCAAAGUGUACCCGCCUGACCAACCGAUGGUGUUCAAUCCCCAAAACCCUAAUGCCCCACCCAUAUACCCCUGUGGAGUCUGUCACAAAGAAGUGCAUGACAAUGAUCAAGCAAUAUUAUGUGAAUCUGGGUGUAACUUUUGGUUUCAUAGAGGGUGCACGGGGCUUACAGAGCCAGCCUUCCAGCUGCUGACGGCGGAAGUGUAUGCUGAAUGGGUUUGUGACAAGUGCCUACACUCAAAAAACAUACCACUGGUGAAGUUUAAGCCAUAGCGUUGCGCUGCUCCCCCCUCGCCCCCCUUCCUACCACCCAUUUGAGUCAAACCUCCUUACAUCACAAUAUAUUUAUUUCACUGCAUCAAAUAAGAUGUAUACUAAGUGAACACAAAUGUAGUAGGCUUGGGCAUGAAGUUGGUCUGUCUUGACACAAGAAUUGGAAUGUUGGUACCCUAGCUAAGAAAGAUCUCAUGUUGGAUAGUAACAUUAAAUUAAGAAAGUAAAUGUAUUCAAGACUUAAUAUUGGUUUAAAUGCUGUUAAAUCAAUGAUUUGAUUACUAGUAACUCCACAAAAUGGUUGGUGAAUAGGUUAUUGAUAAAAUUGCAGACGGUCCUGUUAUGUCUAGUCUGUUAUGAUUGUCAUUUUAUUUAUUAUUAACCUAAAUCUAAGAAAUUGUGGUUUAUAAACCUUGUAUGGAAUAUAUAUAACAAGACAAGUGUUCCUGUCACAACGCAUAUCUGUUGAAGCAAAUAAAUGUUAAAGUAUUGGUAGCACAUUAAUGGACACGGAAAUCCAAAGUAUAAGCAAUAUAAAUGUCUGCCCAAGAAGUUUUUGAUGCCUGUUAUGCGUGUUGCUUUAGUCUUUGUGCAUAUUGUAAAUAUUUUUAGAUGAAUAAGUUAUAAACAUUCUCCGCCUUAUGAAAAUGGUGACCUAUAUGUAAACAUUCAAUUUUAAAUGAAGUACACAUUAGAUCCGUACAUGGUCUUUUACACAUUGUAUUAUCGUAGUUGUGACUGAGACUACGAGCCUCAGGAUGACGACGCUAAGACAGUUUGUAAGACACCUUAGGUGAUCUUAGUUUCACUAUAAAUACAUACAUUAAUAAUGUACUUAUAAUUUCGGUGCCCUAGUUUGCAUGUAACAUUACGCGCGAUAUUUUUAUGUACUUGUAAAUAUGAUGAAUCCAUACGCUUUGUUAAGUAUAAGGGUGUUAAUGUGUUUGUCAAUUUUUUAACUUUUGGAGAUUUUUUUAAUAAUAAUAAACAUGUUGUAUAAGUUGUGUAAAUAUACAAAUAGCUUAUAGUUAACUGAGAUUAUACACUGGAGUUGCUGGCUCCUCGCCUACACGGUUGUGACGUCAGCUGGUCGUGUAGUACCGUACCGUACACAUUCUAGUGCAGCUUUUCGAAUUACUUUAAUGAAUAUGUUUUAUUUGGAGCCAGUACACAAUUUGAGAAUCUUUGUUUCAGUCAUUACAAUUAAUUUAUAGAAAUCAAUUGAGUAUAAUUAUGUAAACAAUAGUUAAUGAUGCAUAUAAAAUUAUUGACCUGGUGGCUUACUUAACAAUUAAUUAUCUUGUGACUGAAUAAUAAUGAAGGAAUAAGUACAAUGCGUUUUGUUGUAUUAAGAUAAAUAACAGAUCUUUUCUUUAAAAUGAAGUUUAUCUCUACAGUAAUUAAAAUGAUAUGGGCUUAAACUAUUCAAUCUGAUACUAUAUUCACGAAUCAAAUCUAAAUGACUUGACUUUAGUGCAAUCUUCUCCUUAUAUGAAGAUUCUCCGCCGACUUAAAACUGUAAACUGUUAAAACUUUUCCAACAUGCAGAAAAUGGAAAGAGAGACCUAUAUAUAGAAGCUACAAUCUUGAUAUGGGAUUACCCCAAACGGUUGUUUUGAUAUAUUUCAUGACUACGAAUAUGAUAAUUAUUUAUUACAUUGAGAUAAUUUUGUCAAUUCACUUUUAACAAAUCCAUAUUACCUACUGCUUUGUUUUAUCAUGCAGUCUCAUUUUGUUUGUAAGAUUUUGAUACACCCUUAAAUAAUGCAAAUUAUAAAAGUAAGCAUCAUGACCAGGCAAUAUUUUGAUUUUAGAGAUUAAAUUUCAGAACCUGAGGUCGCUGAGUCAGUUUGGAUAUAUUUUUAUAUGCAAUAUUAGUUGGAAAUUGAAUUGUCUUCAAUGACGAAAAGCAUCAUUCUGUUAAAUGUUUUUAACCCAUGUUUUUUUUAACAUAUGAGUGUAAUCAAGUUUUAGAUAACCAUGACAUUGUUUUCAGUACUCUUUCAAUCGGUUGAAGGUACUCUAAAUUUGAUAUGUUUUCUUUAUAUUUUAGGAUUGUAAAAUUAAAACUUAUUUAAAUUAUUUCAUGCGCAAAAUGUAUUUGGAUGAUAAGAAUGGGAAUCGUACUUGGGUUCUAAAAUAUUUUCGUCAUUCUAAAACUUGGCAAACGAGAGAAAUACAUAAGUAUUUAUGAUUGUGUAAAUAUAUUUAAUAUUAUGACUCCACGAAUAAUUGCUGAUAAUUGAAUUGUACAGUUACUUAUAAUUUAGAACUUUAUUAGGAUAUUCGGCCAUGAAUGUAAUAAUAAUUUGAUGCCGCGAGCACAUCACAAUUAGUCGACGGGAGACUGCUGCUAUUGUAUAUUAAUUUCACUUGUAAAUGUUACUUAAGUAUUACACUAUUCAUACAACGCAAUGGUUGUCAAUGGCGAUAAGCUGUAAUUCAAAAUAUUUUAUGAAAUCUAAAAUAGAAUAUCAGUGGUCUUAAAAACUUGUGCAUAGUUUAUUUUGUAUUAUGUGAAUAAUAACAAGCAAUAAUAAAAUUGUUAUUGAGGAUA